AUGGAGCUACCUACUGAGGUUUUAACGGAGAUUAAAGCUAUGCCAUGCUCCUGUAUCUCCAAUGAGAAGGACAGGUUAAUAUGGGUUGCCUCAUCUAAUGGUGAAUUUGAUCUUACUAGUGCUUACAACCUUGCUAACAAGCUUCUUGACCCUUUCAACACUUUCAAUGACCUCCAGAUCACUGCUUUAGAAGUGGAUUUGGAUGCUAAAGUAGUGGCAAACCUGAUGAAUAAUGCAAAAAUUUCCAAUCUUGCUAAUGCCUCUCUUGUGGCUGAUUGCAGGCACCUCAUUUCCCAAAUUCCUAAAGUGAAGGUGAAACACUGUUAUCGUGAAGCUAACUCCUAUGCCGACGCCCUUGCCAGAUUAGGGACGAUGCUUUCUUCUGAUUUUUUGCCUGAAUCAAUAGUUAUCGAAGAAAUCAUUGAAAGGAUAUUUUGUGAGUUGAAUUGUAAAUUUUCAAGUGUUUAUGAGGACCUUGUUGGAAUAAACUCUUGUGUGGAGGAAAUGUUGGAUUCAUACUUGACUGAAGGGUUGGGUGGUGUUUGUUUUGUUGGGAUUUGUGGGAUGGGUGGAGUGGGCAAAACAACUCUUGUGCAUGAAAUUUAUAAAAGAAUUUCUAAUCACUAUGAAGCAACUAGCUUUAUUGCUAAUAUUAGAGAAGAAACUAAAACUCGAGGUCUAGUUUCUUUACAACAACAGCUUCUUUCCAAGAUCCUCAUGGAAAAUGAAAUAAAUGUAUGGAAUAUUCUUGAAGGAAUCAAUCUUCUGAGGAAUACACUAAGUAAUAAAAAGGUUUUUAUUGUUCUGGAUGAUGUGGAUGAAGAUGAACAAUUAGGAGCAUUAGCAGGGAAGCAUGAUUGGUUUGGUCCAGGGAGUAGAAUCAUUGUAACAAGCAGAGAUAGCCAUUUAUUGAAAAGAUGUGGUGUGAAUGAUGUAUAUAGAGCUAAGGGGUUGAAUAAUGAUGAUGCUUUGCAGCUUUUUAGUUGGAGAGCUUUCAAUAAACCUUAUCCUGAAGAAAAUUAUGUGGAUUUUUCUAAGGGUUUUGUGAAUUAUGCUCAAGACCUUCAUUUAGCUCUUAAAGUUUUAGGUUCUUUGUUGUUUGCUAAAAGAAUAGAAGAAUGGAAAAGUGCCCUAAAUAAACUAAAAGAAGAACCUAAUAAAAUUUUUUUAGAUAUACUUCAAAUUAGUUUUGAUGGGCUAACAUAUACACAGAAAGAAUUGUUUUUAGAUAUUGCAUGUUUUUUCAAAGGAGAGAACAAAGAUUGCAUAGGAGAUAAUCCAAACUACAAUUUUGGUGUUCUUAUGGAAAAAUCUCUCAUAACCAUUAGUGACCAUGGAACAUUGUGGAUGCAUGAUUUGCUACAAGAAAUGUGUCAAGAAAUUAUUCGCCGUAAAUAUCCUAAAGAGCCUGGUAGACGAAGUAGGUUAUGGUCUUAUGAGGAUGCCCUCCAUGUAUUGAAGAAUAAUACUGGGAUUGAGGAAGUUGAAAGCAUAAUGCUAAUUGCACCUACUCAAAAAGUAGAAACCUACAGUGCAGAAGCCUUCUCAAAUAUGAAAAAACUAAGAUUGCUAAAAAUUGGUAAUGUGCGACUUUCACAAGGCCUCAGUUAUCUUUCGAAUGAGUUACGAUUUUUAGAGUGGCAUGGAUAUCAUUUAAAAUUCUUGCCAACCAAUUUCCAACCAAACAAACUUGUUGAAUUGAGAAUGUGUUUCAGUGGCAUUAUACGACUUUGGAAAGGAAUUAUGAUUUUAAAUGAGUUAAAACUUAUUGACCUAAGUUACUCUCAAAACUUGAUUGAGACCCCGAACUUUAGUAGGGCCCUAAAUUUGAAGGAGUUGAUUCUUCGCGGUUGUACAAGACUAUCUAAGAUUCAUACAUCUAUUGGAAAUCUCAAACAUCUUAUUCGAUUGGAUCUAAAUGGUUGCAAAUCCCUCAAAAGCUUUACUAACAAGAUCAGCUUGGAAGCUCUUGAAAUAUUUGAUCUUGGUGGUUGUGCAAGAUUGGAGAAGUUUCCGGAGAUUGUGAGAAAUAUGUCACGUUUGUCAAAACUUUCUUUAAAUGAGACUCCUAUAAAAUAUCUACCAUUAUUGGUGGAACAUGUAACUAGCUUUAUUGAAUUGGAUCUAAGAGAUUGCAAAAAUCUUUCAAGUCUUCCGAAUGCCUAUUGCAGUUCGAUGUCUCUAAAAAUUCUCACUUUAUCUGGCUGCUCAAAAAUUGAUGAAUUGCCAGAAAAUUUGGGAGAUCUCGAAGGCUUGGUGGAACUAGACAUGAGUGGAACUGCUCUUAAAGUGCUACCUACAUCUAUCAAUCUCUUAAAAAAUCUCAAAGUACUAUCUCUUCAUAGAUGUGAAGGGUUAUCACCUAAAUCAUCGAAUAAGCUCAUCAGCUUUAAACAAAGAAGAACUCCAUAUCCCAUGGUACCAGUUGGAGCUAUGACAGAAAGCUUUGGAGGAGAAUAUAACUAUAUUUGGGACAGGAUGUUGGAAGACCUACAUUGCUGUAAUGCUUAUUCACAAGCCGGGUCACUUGAAAAGGAAGCCCCAGAAUAG